ACAGUCCCCACUAUGCUUCUCUCUCCUUUUCUCUCCAUGUGAUUUUCUUACGAAAAGGAAAAAAAAAAAACAAUAAUAGUUAAUAAUAAAAAAAAAAACAACAUCGAUCAACAUUUGAAUCCAAAAUAAUUCCUCUUCCGAAGACCUUAUCUCCGCAUUUUCACCUUGAUCUCUUUUCUCGACUGUCACUUGCCACACACACAAAGACACUUUCCUCUGUUGAUUAUUAUUAUUUUAAUUAAUAAUAAUAUUAUUAUAUAGAGCUAAAUUGAAUAAUAUUAUUAUAGAGAGCUAAAUUGUGAAAUGUUAUGCUCAUUGUGGUUGAUUUGAUCCAAUUACGUAACCGACUGUCUCUUCAGAAACGCUGUCCAUUUUGUUUUUUCUUUCAAUUUUUAUUUUAUAUACGUGUGUAAUUAAUUGUGUUGGAGAAUAUCGGGAUCUGCUAUGAUUUUGAGUUGCUCAAUUCUGAUCUUUCCGGUGCUAUUGUAAAUCAACGGUUUGGAUCCGAUCGCCGGAGAAACAGCGCCAUCAGAUGGCGCUGUUCAGACGCUUCUUCUACCGGAAGCCGCCGGAUCGGCUUCUUGAGAUCUCCGAGAGAGUUUACGUGUUUGAUUGUUGCUUCUCCACGGAUGUGUUGGAAGAAGAUGAGUUUAAGGUGUACUUGGGUGGCAUUGUAGCGCAGCUACAAGACCACUUUCCUGAUGCGUCCUUCAUGGUGUUUAACUUUAGAGAAGGAGAGAGGCGGAGCCAAAUUUCGGACAUAUUGUCUCAGUAUGACAUGACAGUUAUGGAUUACCCUCGUCAGUAUGAGGGCUGUCCUAUGCUGCCACUGGAGAUGAUCCACCACUUCCUUAGAUCAAGCGAAAGCUGGCUGUCCUUGGAAGGGCAACAAAAUGUGCUGUUAAUGCAUUGUGAAAGAGGAGGUUGGCCUGUACUUGCUUUCAUGCUUGCAGGUCUUUUGUUAUAUCGGAAACAGUAUACUGGGGAGAACAAGACUCUUGAAAUGGUCUACAAGCAAGCUCCUAGGGAGCUUCUUCAUCUUUUAUCUCCUUUAAAUCCACAGCCUUCCCAACUUAGAUAUCUUCAGUACAUUUCUAGAAGAAAUUUUGGUUCAGAUUGGCCUCCAUCAGAUACUCCUUUACUGUUGGAUUGUCUGAUGCUUAGAGCCCUUCCAUUAUUUGAGGGGGGCAAAGGUUGCCGGCCAGUUGUUCGUGUUUAUGGCCAGGAUCCUUCAAAACCAGCCAAUAGAACUUCCAAGCUGCUGUUUUCUACGUCAAAGACUAAAAAACAUGUUCGCCUGUACCAGCAGGAAGAGUGCACGCUAGUGAAAAUAGAUAUAAGGUGCCGUAUUCAAGGGGAUAUUGUUCUUGAGUGCAUCCAUUUAGAUGAAGAUUUGGUACGUGAGGAGAUGAUGUUCAGAGUGAUGUUCCACACAGCAUUUGUGCGGGCCAAUAUUUUGAUGCUCAUUCGUGAUGAGAUUGACACUCUCUGGGAUGCCAAGGACCAAUUUCCAAAGGACUUCAGAGCAGAGGUACUUUUUGCGGAUGCUGAUGCUGUUGUGCCUAAUGUCACCGCAGUCAUGGCGAAUGAAGAUGGGAAUGAGACAGAAAGUGCUUCACCUGAGGAAUUUUUUGAGGUGGAAGAAAUUUUCAGCAAUGUAGUGGAUGGGCAUGAAGCGAAGGUGGAUGAGGCUUCUCAUAUAGUUCAUGACAACAUGCCAGUUAAUGUAGACAGCAAAGAAGUCUGGAAGGAGGAUUCGGAUCUGCACUCAUUCGAAGAUUGUGCUUCUGAUGAUGGGAAUCGCAAACAGGAGGGGAAGCUAGAUUCUAGUGUUGAUGCAGUGAAGGAUAUUGCUGUGGAUGAUGUCAAGUACAAGGUAGAUGAGAAGGUGGAGUCUGAUUUUUUGGCAGUGAAAGACAUUGCUGUGGAUGAUGGGGAUCCCAAGGCAGAUUCUGUGGUUGUUGCUACUGAUACACUGAGUGAAGAAACAACAGAAGUGAUUGAAGAUGUGGAUGGGGAACUUAAAAAGAUGGAAGAUCAAGGUGAUGGAGAAAAUACUUCUACAAAGAAGUUAGAAUCCAUCAUUCCACCAGUAAAGUUGAGUGCUGAUGUUGGCAGACAAAAACAUGAGAAAUUAGUGUUACCUUCACCAAGGAGACAUCCUACAUCAAAUGCAAAACCGGCUGCAGAUUCAAUUGUAACCAAACAAAAGACUAAACAACAUGAACCACAGGGAACUAAUGGAAAACAAAGCAAGCCAAAUACUGUUCCUCGGUGGGUUCCCCCUAAUAAAGGCCCUUUUACCAAUUCAAUGCAUGUAGCAUAUCCACCAUCAAGAUAUAAUAGUGCACCACCAGCUCUUGGAUUUUGUGCUUCAACAAAGGACUCUAGUGCCGGUGGCCAUGUAAAGACGACUUCUGUUGCCACUGCCCCUGGAGAUUUAAUUUCAAGUGGGUCUCCUACUACAACUGAAUCACAUCCUUCUCUUGACUGGCAACAAGUUGUGCACCCGCCGCCUCCUCCUCCGCCUCCGCCGCCGCCUCCUCCUCCUCCUCCGCCUCCUUAUUUCAACAAAUCUUCAUUGUAUGAUUUUCAGGCCAGUCCAGUAGGUGAAGCACCUCCCCCGGCACCAGCACCUCCUCCCCCUCCCCCUCCCCCUCCCCCUCCUCCUCCGCCAUCCUCAUCAUUUAGCAGGCAGAAUAUUCAGAUAGUUCCACAGCAUUUAUCUCCACCACCACCCCCUCCCUUUCCCCCUCUGUCCAGUGGACAGAGUAUCAGGAAGGUUUUGCCUCCCCCACCUCCCCCACCCCCUUGGAAUUCUAAUUAUACUCCAGCUGCUCUUGCUCCAACUUAUUCUUCACCAUCUCCUCCCCCUUUGAGUGCUUCUACUACUUCAUAUCAUGGCAGAGUUGGAGUUCCCAAUCCACCUCCACCUCCACCUCCACCUCUUACACAUGCUUCACAUAGAGCUCCCCCACCCUCACCCCCUCCCUUGCAACCAGCACAUGGAGCUCCACCGCCCCCACCCCCACCCCCACCCCCACCUCCACCUCCACCUCCAUUUAUGAGUCAGGCUCCUCCGUCACGACCACAUCCUCCAAGACAGGUAGCUCCUCCUCCACCACCACCACCACCACCACCACCACCUCCUCCUCCAGGACGUGUAGCUCCUCCCCCCCCCCCACCACCUUCAGGGCAUAGAGCUCCUCCACCACCGCCUCCUCCUCCAGGGCGUGGAGUUGCUGCUCCUCCAGGCUGUGCAGUUCCUCCACCACCUCCUCCUCCUCCAGGGCGUGGAGCUCCUCCUCCACCACCACCUCCUCCGGGGAGACCCCCGCCUCCCCCGCCACCUCCGGGGCGUGGAGCCCCGCCUCCCCCGCCACCUCCGGGGCGUGGAGCCCCGCCUCCCCCGCCUCCUAUGGGUCGUGGAGCCGCCCCGCCUCCUCCAGCUCCACCAGGUGCUCGUGUUCCUGGCCCUCCAGCACCACCAGGACCUCCAGGCAGUGCACCUCCUCCACCUCCAGGUAGUGCCAGAGGUCUCCCUUUAGGAAGAGGGCGUGGGCUUUCACGUCUUUCAGGGAUGGGGACAUCCGCUACAGCACCCAGAAGAUCUUCCUUAAAGCCUUUGCAUUGGAGCAAGGUAACAAGAGCAAUACAAGGAAGCUUAUGGGAAGAGCUGCAAAGGCAUGGAGAGCCCCAAAUUGCACCAGAAUUCGAUGUAUCAGAGCUAGAAAGCCUUUUCUCUGCAACCGUCCCCAAACCUGCUGAUUUGGGUAAAGCUGGAGGAAGACGCAAGUCUGUUGGAUCAAAAACUGACAAAGUUAACCUGAUUGAUCUGCGGAGGGCAAAUAACACUGAAAUCAUGCUUACAAAAGUUAAGAUGCCACUUUCUGACAUGAUGGCUGCGGUACUAGCAUUGGAUGACUCAAUAUUAGAUGUUGAUCAAGUGGAAAAUCUUAUAAAGUUCUGUCCCACUAAAGAGGAGAUGGAACUUCUCAAGGGCUACACUGGUGACAAGGAGAAACUGGGAAAGUGUGAACAGUACUUCUUGGAGCAGAUGAAAGUGCCACGUGUUGAGUCCAAGUUGAGGGUAUUUUCUUUCAAGAUUCAAUUUGGCUCUCAGAUUUCAGAGUUUAAAAAGAGCUUAAACACUGUAAAUUCUGCAUGUGAUGAGGUCCGGAAUUCCCUCAAAUUGAAAGAUAUUUUGAAGAAAAUUCUUUAUCUGGGGAAUACACUGAAUCAAGGAACUGCACGAGGUUCUGCAAUUGGAUUCAAGUUGGACAGUCUCUUAAAACUCACUGAUACGCGCGCUUCCAACAACAAGAUGACACUUAUGCAUUAUCUUUGCAAGGUCCUUGCUGCUAAGUCACCAAUGCUUCUAGAUUUUCACCGGGACCUUGUUAGCCUUGAAACUGCAUCUAAGAUACAAUUGAAGUCUUUAGCAGAAGAAAUGCAGGCUAUCAUCAAGGGAUUAGAGAAGGUUAAGCAGGAGCUGGCAGCAUCAGAAAAUGAUGGUCUUGUAUCUGAAGUUUUUCGAAAGACACUAAAACAAUUCAUUGGUGUUGCUGAGACGGAGGUGGCGUCCGUGACAAAUUUCUAUGCUGUGGUGGGUAGAAAUGCAGAUGCACUAGCACUGUACUUCGGUGAGGAUCCAGCCCGUUGCCCAUUUGAGCAAGUUACCACUACUCUCUUAAAUUUUGUGAGAUUGUUUCGUAAAGCGCAUGAAGAAAAUUUGAAACAGGCUGAAUUGGAGAAGAAGAAAGCUGAGAAGGAGGCUGAAAUGGAGAGAGCGAAGGGAAUAAAUCUUACAAAGAAGAACAUGAAAUAGCUGUGAAUUGGUUUCUUCUUUUUCUUGCUUGGCAAUUUGAGGUCCCCUGCUACAACAACCACCUGCCAGAGUUUUUCAGAUUGAACGGUGGCGCACGCUGCUGAGUAUUGGUGUCGAAAAUCCGAUUCUCUGCUCCAAUAUUCACCAGUACGGUGCGAAUACAACCCUUAAAAGUGAUAUUGACAAGGCAAGCGCGCCAUUCCACGAGGCCUGCAGAACCUACCUUAAGCUAUAUUCAGUGAAGAACGUGUUCAUUUUGCUGGGGCAUGCUGGGUGGUUAAGAACACUGACCAGCGGUGGUUCCGUGCAUGAUAUGAAAGAUGCUGGAUGCGGCCUCGGCGCCUCAUUGAGAAGAAAUUUUGUAGUUUUGGUGAAUCCUCAUUAUACAGUAGCUGAUUCGGUUUCCUGCUUCGUCAUUUGUUUGGCAUAAUUUUUUCUGCACCAGAGCGGAUGUAAAAGCCGCCAAGUGACAGUGUACCAUGAAACCAUGUACAAAGCUCUAACCCAACACUAACGCUAGAAUUUAAUUUGUUUCUUGUAACAUAGGGAGCAACCUUCCCCUUCUCUUCUUAAUUUUUUCUAAUAGAGAUUUUGACUUGGCACGUCGCAAAA